AUGUUAAGGCAUUUCAUGCAGAUUGAAAUCGACAACGAUCUGCUUACGGCAAUGUCAGAGCGAUGGCGCCCCGAAACCCAUAUGUUCCACCUUCCGGAGGGGGAAAUGACGAUCACCCUCAAAGACGUCGCGAUCCUCAUCGGGCUGCCGAUACCUGGAGAGGCCAUCAUUGGUAUCACUACCAAACCCGAAGCAGGUUGGAGGCCGCUCAUUCGUGAUCGUUUGGGCUUUGACAUGUCGACCACCACACCAAUUCAAGGACGGGGCAUCCAUCAUUGA